AUGGCGUACAACGACGAUGCUGUGCUGGCAAAGCUAUCGGCCCUCAAUGAGAGCCAUGACAGCAUUGCGACUGCUGCGCAAUGGAUCAUGUUCCAUAAGAGACAUGCAGAUCGCACAGUUGCCCUAUGGAUGCAGCGUCUUCGAGACUCAUCAAGCACCAAGAGACUAAGCUUGGUCUAUCUUGCAAAUGAGGUCACCCAGCAAUCAAAGGCUCGGCACAAGGACGACUUCCUUGUUGCCUUUUCUCCAGUCAUCGCUGAGGCGACAGCUUUGGCCUACAAGGGAGCGCCGGCUGAGAUCCAGAACAAGCUCAGAAGGGUCAUCGACGUCUGGAAAGACCGCUUCAUUUUCGAGCCACCGGUUCAACAGGCCAUCGAACGUGGCAUUGAUGAACUCGAUAAGGCUCGCGGAACUGCCAAGGCAAACUUCGCUAGUCCCGGAAUUGGCGGUGGUGGUCCUUCCGUUCCCGCAGAGCUUACUCCGCUCGUCACCUCCUAUACCAAUGUCUCGAAGCUCAACCUGCCCACUAAGACGGCUGUGAGCACCGCCAACCAGGAUUUUGAAAAGGUUACCGACCCCUCGACACCUGUCCCAUCGGCUCCCGUCUACGCGGCAAGACUUAAUGGUCUCUUGAAGAGUUUGGCGAGUGCUGAGGGCGCUGUGGCAGAGUGCGUUAAGGCCCGAAAGGGCCUCAUUGGCGAGUUGGAGAAGAUGCUCAGCGCAAGUCAGGAGGCACUCGCGAACGACGAGAGGCAGCAUGCCGACCUGAUGUCACGUAAGGCAGAGACGGAGGAGAAGAGACGUGAGAUUGAGCAAGCCAUUAUGCGGGGACUGCCGACUCACGAGGCUUCGCAAUCCCCUGGCAACGGAGCAUCCAAGACCCCUGAACCUGAGAGACCAGAAGUCGAGGCGCUUACACCUCCCCCCGUGGAGGCCUUCACACCGCCGUCUGUAGAGGCGCUCACCCCUCCCCCUGUCCAUGAUGAGCCGCCUGUUCCUCACCAUGCAGAAGAGGAUCGUGCCCGCUCAGCAUCGAGCCAGGGUUUCCAGCCUCCAGCAGCUUCGGGCAUUGAGAUGCUGUCAGCCCUUGCCUCGCAAUACCAAUCUAUCCCUGUCUCAGCAAACGGCGCGAAGAAGAGACGCCGAAUCGACGGAGACGAGUUCCCUGACCUCGGAGGUGACGAUGGAAUUGAUGCCGAUGUAGCAGAAAUGCUGCGUAAGGAAAGCAAUGGCAGCGCGUGA